UCUGAUUGGCUGAGCAGCCACUUCCCGGUCCCACCUGACCGGGAAGAGGCUGUCAGUUGGACUCCACACCUCCUCUCCCGAUGGUGUGUUUGAAACAACCUAUCUGCCUCUGUUUACACGUGUAGUCAAAACUGCUGCUGUGUCUUUGUCUGUUUAUUUUUGUUUCCACCAUGUCUAUAGUCAAAACGAGUUUAAAACUAUUCCUGUUUGCUGCAGUCACCGUCCUGGCCGUGCUGCUGCUGCGGCACUGGAUGGCCACUAAGCAGUACGUUUUCAACAAAGAAGACGUCGCCAAAUUGGCCAAACAGUACGCAGGACCGGACCAUGAGCAGGCCUUCUCCAAAGUGGUGGUGGAGCUCAGGAAGAGGUACCCUGGCCACAUCCUGCCCGACGAGGACCUGCAGUGGGUGUUUGUGAACGCCGGAGGUUGGAUGGGCUCCAUGUGUCUCCUCCAUGCCUCGCUCACAGAGUACCUGCUGCUGUUUGGUACUGCAGUGGACACAGGAGGACACUCAGGUCGUUACUGGGCCGAGAUUUCUGACACUAUCAUAUCCGGCACCUUCAGACAGUGGAAGGAGGGGACAACCAAGAGCGAAAUAUACUACCCUGGUGACACCAUCGUACACAGUAUAGGUGAGGCCACGUCUGUCCAGUGGAGCGCCGGGACGUGGAUGGUGGAGUACGGCCAAGGUUUCAUCCCCUCCACGCUGGGAUUCGCUCUGGCAGACACUCUGUUCAGUACCCAGGACUUCCUCACGAUGUUCUACACCGUACGCGUCUAUGUCAAGUGUCUGCUGCUCGAGGCUGGUACACUACUUACUGAAACCGGAGUUUUCUAAAGUACGGUCAAGGCUUGGAUGCCUGCACAGGGACAGUAACAGCAAAAGGUUUGCCUUGUCAUCACAUAACAUUUUACCCUUGACCACCAACAUCUAGCAUGGGAAAAAAUAUGUGCUAGAUCACUCAAGUUUAAAUAUUUUUACAUGGAAUUGUAGACAAUCAAACAUAAAAACAAGUAUGGAUUAUAAAAGGCCAAAGCUGUGAUUAAAAAGAACUGGUUGUUGACAACUUUUGCCACCAAGGAAUCACUUUUUAAACAAAUAUGCAAUGCUUAAAUUGGCUUGAAAAACAAACAAAAAUGUUCAACGCAAAGCCAAAGCACACUAUUUUCUUAGUAAAUACCCAUUUCAUAUUUAUAUGCCUGUGCAUAUUAAGUAAAUGAGGGUCUUCAAGAAGAUCUAACCUCUUAAAGCAAUCACAGAUAUCCACAUCAAAGUAGUGCAUUUGCUCCAAAGAUUAAGCCUCUGGACGUUUGGCUCCCAUUUCCUCAUUGACAAUUGAUGAUAAUGUUGAAAACCUUAGGAGAAAACUGCCUGGAUGAUGUGUGUGCAAUGUCCUAUUUUUUGGCUCAGUAUGAGUCAUAGUCAGGUUCAUACCAGCUCAGACACAGCAGUGUUUUAAUGAUUAUAAAUACUCUGUCAUGCUGUGUGCUCUACUAUUUUAGGGAUACUGUGAAGCAACCAAUUCCAAUUUUCUUUAAAAACUUUGGUAGAAGGUUAUCCAUUUAUUCUAACAUAAACGUAUUUGUAGAAAUGUGGGAGCCCUUUUAAAUGUUUUCCGUGUUAUACAUUAAUCGUACAUGUUCCAUUCAUUGAUUUAAUGGGAGGGAUUGAAUUUGUGAAGGUGACUCAAUUCAAAAACUGUUUCUGAAAUGUUUCAGCAUUUGUAAUAGCUCAAAUAGACAUGGCACAAGCAUUUUGAAAAUGUAACUGUAGAGAUAAACUUGAAUGAUAUUGGGCUCUGACCAAGUGGGAUUACUUGGCGACAGCGUCCUCAGCCUCCGUUCAUUGUGUGGAACUUUGCACUAGCCCAACAGGGCAAAACAAAACACUAUCCACAGGCCUCAUCCUCUAUCAUUUCACUAUAAUAUAAUGCUGGGAAAAAAUGGCAAAAAAGCCUUUUUGAAAAUAAAUAUUUGUCUAUUUCACUUGGAAUUGUACUUUAUAACAAAACACUUCUGCUGAAUCACCAUCUCCCAGUUCGUAUCUUUUCAGAUUAAACAGCCUUAUUUUUAGACUGAUGCCUGAAGCCAUCAAGGACCAUAUGGGGAAUUAUACCGUAUUACAAUUUAAACUAUACAGCAGCAUCAGCAGCAGUGGUCUCAUUGAUGGGCGGCAAAACAAAAAACAUUAUCGCUGUACCUUAAAUGUUGAUGAGCGGAUAUGCAAUUUACUGUAAGGUAAAGAUAAAAACUGAAAUAAAUGUUUUUGAAAAGAAAAUA